AUUUAUAUCUAUCCUUCUAGUCAUUUCUAUUUUUUCUCUUGCUUUCUUUGGUAUAGAUUUGUUUUUAUCUUGAUAAUUGUUACUAUCAUGCCUGGCUCAGGCAAAGCUAGCCACGGAGAUGAACCACAGGUGGCUCAGCCUAUUCAAGACCUAGACUUAACCAUGUCUGAAAAGGGAGCUGGGCAAGCCUCCUUCACAUCUGAUGGCUCUUCGACGGAGGAUGAUGAUACUCGAGUAGCUACGCUGGCAAGGAGCCUUACUCGAGAGACUACCCACUACCAAGGGGUCAACCCCUUCCUAGAUAAUCGACCGGAACUCGAUCCAAACUCUCCUCAGUUCGACGCAAGAAAGUGGGUGAAAACUCUCUUGCAUGCCUUCGCCCAAGAACCUGACAAGUUUCCUCGACCCCCUGUUGGUGUCUCGUGGCGUGACCUAUGUGUACACGGGUUUGGAAAAGAUACCGAUUACCAGAAGGACAUCUUGAAUGUCCUUUGGCGAGCACCCCUGAUCGCUAGAGAGUGGAUUUCUCACAAGCAACAGAAGCUUCAAAUCCUGAAUAACUUCGAUGGAUUAGUCAAGAGCGGUGAAAUGGUCUUGGUCUUGGGCCGUCCAGGAAGCGGUGUCUCGACUUUGCUGAAGACUAUUGCUGGUAAUACUCAUGGUCUUUACCUUGAUCAAAACUCCCAUGUCAACUACCAAGGCAUACCGUUUGAUGUCAUGCACAGUCGUUUCCGAGGAGAGGUCAUCUACCAAGCCGAGACCGAUAUUCAUUUCCCCCAAUUGACUGUGGGCCAAACGUUGCAAUUCGCCGCACUGGCUCGCACACCCGAGAAUCGUCUACCGGGAGUUAGUCGGGAGAUGUACGCGCAGCAUUUGAGAGAUGUGGUUAUGGCUGUAUUUGGUAUUUCGCAUACGAUUAACACGAGGUUGGGCAAUGAUUUCAUCCGAGGAGUGAGUGGUGGCGAGCGCAAAAGAGUCAGUAUUGCUGAAGUUACUCUUAACCAGAGUGCCAUUCAAUGCUGGGACAACAGUACCCGCGGCUUGGACUCCGCGACUGCUUUGGAGUUCGCGAAAACUCUCAGACUGUCAACCGAGUUGGGUGAGACCGCGGCCAUUGUCGCGAUGUAUCAAGCUUCGCAGCCGGCAUACGAUGUUUUCGACAAGGUAGCUGUGCUGUAUGAAGGACGGCAGAUAUUCUUCGGUCAUAAGGAUGAGGCUAAGAAGUACUUCACUGACCUUGGAUAUCACUGUCCCGAUCGCCAAAAUACGGCCGAUUUCCUUACGUCUCUCACAAACCCAUCCGAGAGAGUGGUCCAACCCGGGUUUGAAGACAGGGUCCCCCGUACCCCUGACGAGUUUGCGCAAGUAUGGAAGUCUAGCGAAUCACGAGCAAACCUCAUCAAGGAGAUUGAAGCCUUCGAACAAGAAUUCCCCACAAAGGGUCAAAAUUACCAGAUGUUGAAGCAGUCUCGGAAGACCCAACAGGCAUCGUUCACGCGCAAUAAAAGUCCUUACACUAUCUCAAUCCCUAUGCAAAUCCGUCUCUGCAUGACUCGGGGAUUCCAGCGCAUGAUGGGAGACAAAAUAUUCGUGGUUGUCACCAUCUUAGCUAAUGUGGUGAUAUCUCUGGUACUUGGCAGCAUUUACUACAAGCUUGAACCUGUCGCAGAGAGCAUGAACAGCAGAUGUGUUCUGCUCUAUUUUGCUAUCGUCUUCAACGCCUUGAGUAGUGCCUUAGAGAUAUUCUCCCUUUACGCCCAACGACCCAUUGUGGAAAAGCAGUCUCGCUAUGCGUUGUAUCAUCCCUUUGCCGAAGCAGUUUCCUCUACCAUAUGCGACCUGCCGGUUAAGAUAAUCUCAGUCCUUUGCUUCGAUAUACCCUUGUACUUCAUGACUCAGCUCAGACAAGAAGCCGGCGCAUUCUUCAUAUUCUUGCUCUUCGGGUUCACUGCUACGUUUACCAUGUCUAUGAUUCUCCGGACCAUAGCUCAAACUUCCCGAACUAUACAACAAGCGAUCACUCCUGCAGCUAUUUUCAUAUUGGCAUUGGUCAUCUACACUGGAUUUGUCCUCCCUAUACGGUACAUGCAGGGUUGGCUUCGCUGGCUCAACUAUCUGGAUCCGAUCUCCUAUGCAUACGAAAGUCUCGUCGCUAACGAAUUCUCCAACCGCCAAUUUCCGUGUACUAUGUUUGUACCGAUGGGAGGCCCCUAUGUGAAUGCUACUCCACUUGAAAAGACUUGUUCGGUUGCAGGUGCCUUGCCCGGCCAAGACUUCGUCAGUGGUGAUGUAUUCAUCAAUGGGAACUUUGAAUUUUACCAUUCCCACAUCUGGAGAAAUUUCGGUAUCCUUAUUGCGUACAUCAUUUUCUUCACGAUAGUCUAUAUGCUCGCUGCGGAAUAUCUCUCCCUCGAAGUUUCUAAGGGUGAAGUCCUAAUCUUCCGUCGCAACCACAAAUCUUCAAACAGUCCGAAAGCACAGAAUGACGAAGAAUCUGGACCUGCGAGUGGUCCGCCCAGCAAAAGGCAGAGGGAUAGCGAUGUUUCCGGUACAAUUGGCGGCCAAAUCCAAAACCAGAAUUCGAUCUUCCAUUGGUCUGAUGUCUGCUAUGAUAUUACCAUCAAGGGGAAACCUAGGCGGAUUUUGGACCACGUUGAUGGGUGGAUUAAGCCUGGAACAUUGACAGCGCUCAUGGGUGCAACUGGAGCUGGAAAGACAACUCUUCUCGAUGUAUUGGCUAACCGUGUGACUAUGGGUGUUGUCGGUGGCGAUAUCAUGGUUAAUGGAAUUCCUCGCGGAAACUCUUUCCAGAGACAGACCGGUUAUGUUCAGCAACAGGAUAUCCAUCUCGAAACAGCGACUAUUAGAGAAGCCCUGCGAUUCAGUGCAUCGCUCCGACAACCCUUCAGUGUUCCGAUAGAAGAAAAGUACGCUUAUGUUGAGGAGGUCAUUAAGCUCUUAGAUAUGGAAACCUAUGCGGAUGCAAUCAUUGGAGUUCCUGGAGAAGGUUUAAAUGUCGAGCAACGUAAGCGUUUGACUAUUGGAGUCGAGCUUGCUGCCAAGCCAGAACUGCUCGUUUUCUUUGACGAACCUACUUCCGGACUGGACAGCCAGACUGCGUGGUCUAUCAUGAGCCUUCUGAGAAAGCUAUCUGAUAACGGACAAGCGAUUCUAUGUACCAUUCAUCAACCCUCGGCUAUGCUUUUUCAACAGUUCGAUCGCCUACUACUAUUAAGCUUCGGAGGCAAGACGGUGUACUUCGGUGAUAUCGGACCCAACGCCCAGACAUUGACUAGUUACUUCGAACGAAACGGAGGCAGCCCAUGUGGUAAGAGUGAGAACCCUGCGGAAUGGAUGUUACGAGUUAUCGGAGCCGCGCCCGGAGCCCACGCCAACCGAAACUUCCACGAUGUCUGGCGCAACAGUGAGGAGUACGAGGCCGUGAAGAAGGAACUGAGAGUCUUGGAAUUGGGAAAAACGAGUACUGAAAGCGUGCGUCAGGAUGUUGUGACCACCAACGCAUACUAUGCUACUCCUUUCCACUACCAAUUCUUCCUAUGCACCAAGCGAGUGUUUGAGCAAUACUGGCGCAGCCCCUCGUACAUUUACGCAAAGUUGAUCCUUUGCGGUGGCACGUCUCUAUUCAUCGGUGUAUCCUUCUACAAAACCCAGUUAUCACUAGCCGGUCUCCAAAACCAGAUGUUCGCCAUCUUCAUGCUUCUCGUCAUCUUCGCCUUCCUCGUCUACCAAACCAUGCCUCAAUUCCUCCUCCAGCGACAACAAUACGAAGGACGCGAACGAUCAUCGCGGAUUUACUCGUGGUACACUUUCCUUCUCGCCAACAUGGUCGUCGAACUGCCAUGGAGCACAAUUGCGUCGCUUCUAGUCUUCGUUCCGUUUUAUUAUCUUGUCGGCAUGAAUGAGAACGCGGUCCAGACUAAUGCUGUUACGGAACGGGGCGGGCUUAUGUUCCUGCUCACAUGGUCGUUCUUGAUUUUUGAGUCCACUUUCGCGGAUAUGGUCAUCGCUGGUGUCGAGACGUCUGAGGUUGGCGCCGUCCUUGCCUUGCUUCUAUUUGCCAUGUCCUUGAUCUUCUCUGGUGUCAUGGUGCCUAAGAGCUCCCUCCCCGGAUUUUGGGUCUUCAUGUACCGCGUAUCACCACUCACUUACAUCAUCAGCGCCAUGUUAUCCGUCGGUGUCGCAAACCACGACGUCCAAUGCGACGCGAUCGAGCUAUUGAGUUUCCAACCCCCUGCGGGACAGACGUGCGGCGAUUACAUGGCUCCGUACAACUCAGUCGCGUUUGGGGCUGUUUACAACCCGGAAGCUACUUCGAACUGCCAGUUCUGUUCCUUAUCUAACACAAACGUCUUCCUUGCGACCGUCGACUCAUACUACGGCGAUAGGUGGCGCAACCUCGGCUUAAUCUGGGCCUAUAUCGUCUUCAAUAUUGGCGCUGCUCUGUUUAUCUACUGGGCUGCUCGAGUUCCUAAGAAUUCGAGUUCGAAUAUUGUUGAGAAGGCUAAGCAGCUAAUCUCGAAGAAAAAAUAGUUUAAUAUUGGGGUGUCUGGGCAUUCAUCCUAGGGUGUGGGCGCGAGAUAGUAAUUACAGGCUUCGCGCGAAGAGCACUCGGACUCAACUUUCCUUUCUGUCAAGACUGUCCGUCAUUGCGCUUUUUAUUAUCUUGGAAUUAGAAUUUAUUGGGUUUAUAUCAAUGGGCCAUGCCUUAUUUGGGUACUAAGGUUGGAUAGAAUUAUGUAUGGUUAUGUACACGCAUAUAAUAGAGUAUUAGCAGUCGGGCCAAUCAAGGUAUCUUCACGUUCUCCUAUUGAUCUAAGUAUUCUAUGUCCUGCUCUAAAGAGACUUGAUUAAAAUACAAUGGGUCAUAACAAUACAUUCAAAUUUACUUUCAA